AUGCAGCGCGGCAGACGCCACGGGUGGAACUUCUGGCCCGAACCCCAAGACCUCCGAAUCCCGGAAUAUAUCGACAAAGAUAAGCUGGACAGCUUUCUGGCCAUGUACCGGGCCCACUGCUGCAGUCUCCUGGAUGCCGUGAUCGCCGCCAACUUCGAAGCCGUCAGAGACCUCGUGCUCCACUUCUGGACUAGCAUCUCGGAGUCCACGCUCGCCUUCGUGUCCCUGGACGUGGUUCUGGACGUUGUGACAGUUUGGGACAGCUACCUCUACGGGGUUAUGGAAGAAAUCCUGAUGCCCAAGGAAAUUCAAGAUAUUCCCGAAAGCUACGAAAGAGAAAUCAACUUCCUCGUCGAAGGAUUACCCGACUGGAUCUGCCGCAUUACGCUUCCCGGUUCAGUUCAACACCGUAGAAUUCAAGUUCUGCAAGAAUGGACGAAGGUGCUGAAGCGUCAGCUCUCGUUCACAAAACUAGCUCAGUCCUGCCGGAGCGUGCUAUCCAACGCCGACCACACGCAUUGCAUCUUGGACGACCUGAACGGACUGGAUUUGGACGACGUGGCGACGGAAGCAUUUUGUUGCCUGGACGACUCAAGAACGACCUUUGACAUUGGCGUGGCUGAGCUCAUCUCACUGCUGAAAAAACACGCUUCAGUCGAGGACCUGACGGAGUGGCUGGACAUGGCGAUGGACAACGCUGCGUUGGUGCGUUCUCUAUGUUCUUGGGCGGGAUAUAAACAGAGUCGCAGCCACGUCUACAAGGACUUCAUGCUUUCCUGGAUGCUCUUCUUUUCGGCAAUCAUGAGACACCUCACCCUUUCAGGAUCUCCAAGUUUCGGUCACAUCCACCUGGUGCGUGUCAUGGCUGAGGAGUACAUGCUGCUCGCCUUCGAGACGUCGGUGGCAAGGGAUGCCCGUCUGCGUCGCCAGGAGGCGGUCCUCUCGCUGGCCUUGCGACCUGAGGAACUACGGAUCAAGAUGGCGUCCGCCUGGGCGGCUCUGAGUUGCAGCAACCGGGAAUAG